AUGGAUCUUAAGACCGAGAAGAUGAACAGUCAAGGUACGCACGGACGAAAGGAGAAGAUAAAGCCGCAGUUUUUCGCGGACUCUUCCACCGAGCUGUCGGACACAAGUGUGGGACACCAGUUUUUAAAUAAAUCUGAAAAUGAGGAGGCGCAGCGACCGCCGAAACCAUUGUUGCGAAAGAAGAGCGCCAUCUCUCGCCUGGACAAGAGCUUCUGGAAGGUGAAUGUGGCCGGCCUUAGUGAGUUUCUCGAGUCAAACACCGUAUAUGGCAAGUGGUUCUGGAUUUCGUUGCUCUUAUUCUCGGCCGUCACCGCUUCGUACGAAAUUUACAAGAUCAUCGACAACUACUACAACACGCCAAUCGUCACCGAACUGUCGGUGACAGCCGUCCGCAAGAUGGACUUCCCAUUUGUCGAGAUCUGCUUACCGGUGUCCAUUAACCAGAAGUACUUGGACCAGCAUCCGUGGGCUGCCGACGCCGCCGUUGCCAUACGCCAGAGCGUAACCUCUGCGUCUAGCAUGGAGAUGAAGAAGAUGCAGAAGAGCAAAUCGAAGCGUCAGGGCUUGAUUCUGAUCAUGAACUCGCAGAAAACCAACUAUCCCGUGCAGAGAAACCUGCGACCUAAAACAGAAGGUGUCAUCGUCAGCAUCCAUCACUUGUACAACCCCUACAGUUUCAAGUAUAUCAACGUCCAAAGCGGUCUUUACACCAAGAUGGCACUCUCAGCCGAAUUCGACGAGUACCUGGACGUUGAUUCGGGUCCCAAGAAGCAGCCGUGUGUUUCUGACGACGAAAUGAACUUCAAAGUUUUCAACUUAACAUAUUCCGUGGCCGCCUGUCAAAUGGACUGUUACCAGUGGGAGACGCUCAGUCGUUGCGGCUGUAUCCUAGCACAGGAACCACGCUUCAUCAAGACAGAGGUUCUCGAAAAAACCCACUUUUGUACGACGAAAGAAAUCAACUCUUGCGUUGUCCCAAACGUGACCAACGAUGAGGUCGCCCAAGGAGCUUGGGAGGAAUGCUCCAAUCAGUGCUUUACGUCGUGCAGUCAUUGGAAGUACGGGGUCCAGCUGAGCACCAUGAAGCUGUACACGCCCAGUUUUGGCUUCCUCAGUCGGUAUAACAUAACGCCUGACAGCUUGGUGUACCUGCAGAUCGCUUUUACCGAUCUCGAGUACACUACGAUUACCCAGGACUGGGCAAUGCAACUAGAUGGUUUCAUCAGUGACUUUGGUGGUCAGGUAGGUCUUUGGACAGGGGCCAGCAUGGUGACCAUCAUUCAGGUUCCGGUUAUGCUCACUGUACUGCUGGUGAUCUAUCUGUACGAAAAACUACGGGCUGUGCCAAAGCUACGACAAACGAUUUCGAAACAAGACAAUCUGUAG